AUGAUUAGACCUGUAGCGGUAAAUUUUGGAUUGUUGAGACAAACAGCUACCUCUGUGACACUGAGGUACGGGUUUGUGCUCUCGCAACAAAGGUCUCUUCACCUUGGUCUGAUAUCAUCGUUUAGCAAUAUAUGCCAAAAUCGCAGACUAAACCACAAUUGUUCACUUUUUGUGAGCAGGAGACAUUCUAGCACUAGAAAUGAAAAAUUCAGCAGGGACAUCGAGAGGAUUGAAGAGGAACGCGAAAGAGAGGAAAAGCACCAACAGCAUCCGAACAUAUCGGACUUCACUGAACCAGGCCCGGCUUCCAGAGAAGUAGCGACGUCAGUGGAGUCAACUGCUUCGACUUCUAACAAGGGAAAAGAGUUUCUAAAGCUUUUACAGUUGGCAAAACCGGAGUUCAGACUCCUUCUUGCCGCCUUAGCAUGUCUUGUGGUGACAUCUGCUGUGAGUAUGUCCUUACCGUUGGUAAUGGGUAAGAUCAUUGAUACUGCAAAACCUCCUACAGAAACGAAAAAUUCCGACGUGGAUCUGAAAUCAGGGAUUUUACCCGAAGCAAAUACAGAGAUAACGAUCUUUGGCCUCCCAUCAGAACAAUUCUACUUAGGAAUGGCUGUAGUUUUCACUUUGGGUGCCAUUGCAAACUUCGGGAGAACUUACCUUUUGCGUUCAGCUGGUGAAAAGCUUGUAGCCAGGUUGAGACUGAGACUCUUCUCAAAAAUAUUAUCACAGGAUUCUUAUUUUUUCGAUAUAGGACCCGAUGGUAAGGGAACAAUGAAAACUGGGGACUUGAUUUCAAGAAUAUCAAGCGAUACGCAAAUCAUUUCGAGAACGCUUAGCUCUAAUAUAUCUGAUGGUUGUAGAUCAUUAGUAAGUGGGUGUGUUGGAUUGUCGAUGAUGUGCUAUGUCUCUUGGAAAUUAACAUUAUGCAUGAGUUUAAUGUUCCCACCAUUGAUAGUUAUGUCACUCUUCUAUGGUAGAAAGAUCAAGCAACUUUCCAAGCAGGUUCAGGAAAAUUUGGGUAGUCUUACCAAGGUAACAGAAGAAAAAUUGAAUGGUUUGAAAACGAUUCAAAGCUUUGCUCAACAGCAAUCUGUAGUUCAUGAAUAUAAUAAAGAAAUUAGACAGAUUUAUGAUACCAGUAUGAAGGAGGGGAAGCUCAGUGGUAUUUAUUUUGGGGGAAAUGGGUUCUUAGGAAAUGCCACACUUGUGAGUUUAUUGGUAGUUGGUACUCAAUUCAUUAGCAGUGGAGACAUAACUUUGGGAGAUUUAUCAAGUUUUAUGAUGUAUGCUAUUUACACAGGUUCAUCAGUUUUUGGAUUAGGAAAUUUUUAUACUGAAUUAAUGAAAGGUGUGGGUGCAUCAGAAAGACUUUUUGAGCUUAUUGAACUGAAACCAACAAUAACUACCAGUUUAGGUAAAAAAGUGGACUCAUUGCAUGGUGAUAUUGAAUUCAAGGGAAUCCAAUUCCAUUAUCCAUCAAGACCAGAUAGCAAUAUUUUCCAGAAUAAAAUUGAUCUCACAAUCAAGAAGGGAGACCAUGUUUGCUUUGUCGGUCCCUCUGGUAGUGGUAAAUCUACCAUAUCUCAAUUAUUACUUAGGUUCUACGAUCCAAUAGCAGGGUCCAUAUUUGUAAAUGGUUAUAACAUAAAGGACUUGAACUUGAAUUUCUACCGUUCCCAAAUUGGUUACGUCCAGCAAGAUCCAUUAUUAUUCAGUGGGAGUAUAAAGGAGAACAUAUUAUUUGGAACUAAGGACAAGCAUGUUUCAGAAAGAGACCUUCUUAAUGCAUGUAAACUUUCCAAUUCACUUGGAUUUAUUGAAUCGUUCCCUGAAAAAUUUGAUACGUUGAUUGGCUCUAACAGUGCAGCACAGCUCUCUGGGGGCCAAAAGCAGAGAAUUUCACUUGCAAGGACAUUAAUAAAGAAUCCGGAUAUACUUAUAUUAGAUGAGGCUACUUCCGCAUUAGAUUCACAUAGUGAAGAGGUUGUUAUGAAAAACUUGAUAAAAUUAGGGAGGGAAAGAAACACAACUUUAAUUCUGAUUGCUCAUAGGUUAUCAACCAUCAAAAAUAGUGAGAAUAUAAUUGUAUUGAAUUCUAGUGGAGAAAUUGUUGAAGUAGGGAAGUUUGUUACGUUGUACGCAGACAACGAGAGUAAGCUCAAUAAAUUAUUGAAGAAUCAUGACUUUGAAUAG